AUGAUAGUUUGUGUCAACAGACCAGCGUUUAGUUUCGAGUGCCUCCGGCGACCAGGUGGCGAGGAGGAGGAGGCUCCGCCCACUCCUUCCUGCACAGCACUUCCACUGCAGCAACAACAGGUGAUGGCGGUGGCCGGACUUCGUUUGUCCCCCACAUGCUCCGCCCUCUCCUGGGCCACGCCCCCUGCCUCGCCGCUGGCCUGCCACUCUUCGCCCUGCUGCACGCCGCUCAUGCAGGCCUUGAUCUCCGAGGGUCUGGCAACUUUGGCCAAUGACCCCAAGUUUGUGCCGACCACCAAGCAGGAGAUCGCCGACACCUGCCACAUGACCAUCCACCAGAUGGAGAGCGCCGCCAGCCACCUGCUCAACGCCAACAUGGCCGACGACACCAAGAUGGCCGCCGACGGCUCGGGGGUCGCCGCCUGGGACUUCGCUGUGAUCCGGGGGCAGGACUACAGCGACCAGGAGGCUUGGUACCCCAAGGCCGAGCAAGAGGAGGACCUCUCGGAUGAGAUGAGCUGCAUCACGUUGCCAUAGCAACUACACCACGGCUUAUUGAUGGAUGUAUUGACAGAAGAGAACAAUGUCACGUUGCUGUAGCAACCACACUAUAGAAGACAGAAGAGAACAAUGUCACGUUGCUAUAGCAACCACACUAUAGAUGACAGAAGAGAACAAUGUCACGUUGCUGUAGCAACCACACUAUAGAUGACAGAAGAGAACAAUGUCACGUUGCUGUAGCAAUCACACUAUAGAUGACAGAAGAGAACAAUGUCAUGUUGCUGUAGCAACCACACUAUAGAUGACAGAAGAGAACAAUGUCACGUUGCUAUGGCAACCACACUAUAGAUGACAGAAGAGAACAAUGUCACAUUGCUAUAGCAACCCCACGAUAGAUGACAGAAGAGAACAAUGUCAUGUUGCUGUAGCAACCACACUAUAGAUGACAGAAGAGAACAAUGUCACGUUGCUAUAGCAACCACACUAUAGAUGACAGAAGAGAACAAUGUCACAUUGCUAUAGCAACCCCACGAUAGAUGACAGAAGAGAACAAUGUCAUGUUGCUGUAGCAACCACACUAUAGAUGACAGAAGAGAACAAUGUCACGUUGCUAUGGCAACCACACUAUAGAUGACAGAAGAGAACAAUGUCACGUUGCUAUAGCAACCACACUAUAGAUGACAGAAGAGAACAAUGUCACGUUGCUGUAGCAACCACACUAUAGAUGACAGAAGAGAACAAUGUCACGUUGCUGUAGCAACCACACUAUAGAUGACAGAAGAGAACAAUGUCACGUUGCUAUAGCAACCACACUAUAGAUGACAGAAGAGAACAAUGUCACGUUGCUGUAGCAACCACACUAUAGAUGACAGAAGAGAACAAUGUCACGUU